AUUAGUUGAAUAUUUCGUGGGACUUGCUCUCCCUUCACAAAGCUUCUGAAAUUUGAAGUUAUCAACUAGAAUUUUACGAAAAAAAUUAAGGUUAUUUUGACAUUCCUUUCCUUGUUAGCUAAAGAAAGAUGUUUUUGCAAAAUAUGAGAUGUUUCCUGUUUAUCAGCAUUUAUGACUGUCAAAGAUUGAAAUCUCUUGUAGUGUGACCCUUACACUUUUCCUUUAUUCAAUUUUUGAACUAGAAGAUAUGUGGGUCAAGUGUAAUUCAUUGUUUGAAUAAGUGUUUUGAAGGAAAAUUAUUCGAGGAUGGAAUCUCUAGUUGUCUCAGAAUGUAUCUAACUGUUAUCAAGCUCUUGAUUAUCAAAUAAACAGCAGUCAUUCAAAUUGAAAAUCUCAACCACAAGAAGUCUGUUUAACUUUUCCAAGCACUUCUGACAUGAUGAGGAAAUUUCUAGGAAAUGUUGUUCGUAAAAGACUGCUGAUUAAUUUGUGUAGUGAACCUGUUGAACCAUUGAAUCAAAUAAGGAACAUUGCCACCAAAACCCCAGAUAAAACUUUCAAAUUAUCAGAUUAUGACUGUAUAGGAUUCGAUUUAGACAAUACUGUUGCCAGAUAUAAAGUUGGUGCAAUGAUGGAGAUGGAGUAUGAAAUAUUAGCUAAGUAUUUAAUACAAAAGGGAUAUUCAAAGAAGCAUUUAUUGAAGCCAGUUGAACAGGAUUUUUUACUCAAAGGACUCAUAGUUGAUAAUGAAAAUGGUAAUAUAUUGAAGAUAGCUGCUGAUGGUCGCAUUCUGGCAGCAUCUCAUGGUACAAAAUUACUUUAUGAUGAUGAGAUUCAGAAGGUGUACCCUCAUUUUCACUGGGAACCUACAGAUAUUUUUGCAAAGGAUCCAUUACACACUUGGAAUGGCCCAUAUUCAGAAAAGAUGCGUACUUUACUUGAUUAUUUUGAUAUUGUAGCAAGCUUAGUUUAUGCCCGAGCUGUAGAUUCUGUAGAUGAAGAAAAUGGUAAGCCUGGAAAUAACUACAAAAUUUGGCCAGACUUACUUGAAGCUCUCCAGUAUAUGUUCAACAGAGAUCAUUUUCAACAGGAGAAGGGUAUAUAUUUCAGCAAAAUGAAAUCAAAUCCAGAAAAAUAUUACUAUAGAUGUUCUGAUGACUUAAUUGACUGGUUUAAGAUUCUAAAGAAAAAAAAUAAGCUUCUGUUUUUGAUCACUGGAGCUUAUGUUGAUUUUGCUUCAUUAACUGCAUCUACUGCCUUGGGUAGGAACUGGAGAGAUUAUUUCGACAUUAUUGUAACAUAUGCUAAGAAACCUGGUUUUUUCACACAAAAAAGAGAUUUUAUUGGUCUAGAUGGUUUCAAAGAGACUUUACCUGUUCCAUAUGAGGAUUUGAAUUUAGGAGGUAUUUAUACUCAUGGCAAUUGGAUCGAUUUACACAGAUUUUUAUCUCAACAUUCUCUACAAGAAAAUCCAAAAUUUUUGUACAUUGGAGAUAAUUUGAUUCAAGAUAUUUACACUCCAAAUGUUUAUUCACAUUGUGAUACAGUUGCAGUAUGUGAAGAAUUGCAAGCUGAAGGAAUGCAUGGACAUGAUACUAGACAUCCAGAUAAACAAUUCUUGAGAUCUUCCAUUUGGGGAUCGUAUUUUCAGUAUAAAAAUUGCAGUACAAAUUGGUACCAAAUUCUCAAAGAUCAUUCCAAAAUCUGCAUACCAAGCUUGGAAUAUAUAGCUAAAUUUCCUUUAGAAUUUGAACAUGAAUGUAUGCCAUUUAGUAGUAAAAUAUAAAUCUUGUUUGAUAGUGUUAAAAUGAAAUCUGAUUGUUUUUAGAGAAAAGGAUAGAAUAGUCCCGCUUUCUUCAUAAUAGAAAUGAUAAAUUUAUGCGAAUUUUCCCAAAAAAUAUAAAGAAUUAUUUUAUUAAAA